AUGAUUGUGAGACAUGCCUAUCAACAAAUCCUUAGCUUUGUACAAAAUGUAAUCAAUUAGUUGGACAGAGAGCUAUACUUGAAAAUGAUUUAGAAAAUCCCUGUUGUAAGACUGAAAUUGAAAUUAAUACGAUUAUUAGUUCCAUUAACAAUUUCACAAUUGAGCUCUGAUUUGAACUGUGAUAUAUUUGAUUAUGAGAAUUAAUAACACUGUUUGAAAUGCAAAUCAGGCUAUUACCUGGGAAAGGAUAGUUACUAUAAUACAACAACUGAUAGAUAUUAAAAUGGAUGUUAAAAACAUGUUUAACCAACUCUUUGUAUUGAAGCAUAAUCUGAGUUUGAAUGUGACAUUUGCAUUUAAGGUUAUUCUACUUAUUAAAUAGGAAUUUAAAAUCUUUGCUAUUAUCAGAAUGGCAUAGAUGUCUUUUAAUACUAAAUCUUAGCUUGCCUAGAUGGUUAUGUUAACUAAUUAACAGGAACAUGCGUUACUAAUUGUGGCAUUGGGAGAUAUGGAAAUACUUCUUUUAAUAAUAAAGGUAUGAUCGAAACAACAUUGUGCUAAGAUUGUAAUUCAUCCUGCUAUGAAUGUGCAUCUAAAAAUGAAUGCAAAUCAUGUAAGAGAGGCUAUUACUUAAAAUUUAUUGAUGGAGGAAAUACCGGAUCAUGCUUAUUGAAAUAAGGAUAGUUUGAGAGAACUAUUUAUGUUUAAACUAGAGAGAAACUGGAGACAGAAGCAAUAAUAGAUGGCUCAAUUUAUUAGCCUUACCAUUCUUUGCAAGAUGCCUUGACUGCAGCCUAUAUUUUAGGUUCACCUUACGAGUCAGCAACAAUCACUAUCUUAUUGUUUUCAAAUCAAUCCCACUCUAUGAUAAGGUAUCAGCCAAAUCUUGGAAUAUUUAAGAACUUUGAUAAAAAUUCAUAAACUACUAAAAUCAUAAUUGACACAAUAGAUCAAUAGGAGGAGGCUUGA